AUGACCUUAGCGUGCUGUAAACUCGCUCUUCGUGCGGCAACCAUCCGUGCAUGCACCCGUAGGAAUCUCAUCGCGACCCCCGCAAUUCGCGCAUAUACGGGCGGGCCUGGAAGUACCGAGCACGGGAAUGAUCCCCAAACGCUUGCCAAGGAGAAAUCAAAGAACCUGAGCGGCUCUCAGAUGAAUGAUCCCAACUCCGAGUCCGAACCCAUGCCUGAGCACGCCCCUGGAUGGAAUCAGAAGCUCGCAAGUUCCAGUGAAGCAGGGGUUAAGGCGGAUCGGCAUCCUGCAUCCGCUGAAGAGCUGCAAAGGACAACGACAGAAGCGGCCCAGAAGGAUCGCAGCGGCUCGCGCUGA